AUGGCGAAAGGUACAAAGACCAAAGACGUCAUUGACGAGCAGCCACCGUCGGUCGAGGAAGAUCUCUACAAAAUUCUGGGUGUCGAGUCCAACGCAACCCCAGAGGCAAUCAAGACUGCAUACAGGAAAAAUGCUCUAAAGCAUCAUCCCGACAAGGCCAGCGAAGACGCCCGCGAAGAAGCCCAUAAGAAAUUCCAACAAAUCGCCCUCGCCUACGGUGUCCUCUCCGACGAGCGCCGUCGAAAGAUUUACGAUCGCACCGGCAGCACCGAUGAUGUCCUUGGCGAAGAUGGCGACUUUGACUGGAUGGAUUUCUACCGCGAGCAGCUGUCCGCAAUGCUCGAUACCCGUGCCGUGUCUGAUUUCCAGAAGAAAUACCAGGGCUCCGAUGAGGAGAAGAAGGAUCUGCUGGAAGCCUAUGAGACGCACGAGGGUGAUAUGGAUGGAAUCUAUGACUCCGUGAUGCUGUCCAAUGUCCUGGAUGACGACGAGCGUUUCCGAGCCAUCAUCGACCAGGCCAUUGCUGACGGCGAUGUGGAAAAAUACACCAAGUACACCGAGGAGUCCGAGAAUAAGCGCCAGCGUCGAGUGAAACGUGCCCAGAAGGAGGCCAAAGAGGCCGAAAAGCUUGCCAAGGAGGUUGAGAACAAUAAGAAGAAAAAGGCAGCUGCAGCUGCCAAGGCAUCCAAGGCCACGAGCGGUGGAGGCGAGGAUGAUCUGCUUGCUCUUAUCACCAAGCGCCAGCAGCAACGUGGUCAGGGCUUCCUUGCUCAGCUGGAGGAGAAGUAUGGUCAGCCCAAGGGCAAGAAGCGCGGUCCUGAGGAUGAGCCAUCGGAGGAGGCGUUUGCUGCCGUUGGUGCUCGCAAGAAGUCUAAGGAUGUGAAGCCGAAGACUAAGAAGUCUGCCAAGGCGUAG